AUGGGGAACAGUUCGGAAGAUUUGUCUCAAACCAAGAACGGAAAUGCAGUUUCCGCCCAGCAUGAGGGGAUCCCCGAAAUCAUCACCGAGAAUUCGUAUGCGAAGGAGCCGGAGAGUGAGGACAAGCGCCAAGCCACAGGCACAGGGAGGGACCAGAAAGAAUUUGACAUGAUCUAUAAAAUUGAAGACGUACCCCCAUGGUACCUCUGCAUCCUGCUCGGCUUUCAGCACUACCUGACCUGUUUCAGCGGGACGAUUGCCGUCCCGUUCCUCCUGGCAGAGUCCCUGUGUGUGGGAAAGGACCAAUACACAGUCAGCCAACUCAUCGGCACCAUCUUCACCUGCGUCGGGAUCACCACGCUGAUCCAGACCACGCUGGGGAUCCGCCUCCCCCUGUUUCAAGCAAGCGCACUAGCCUUUCUGGUUCCUGCCAAGUCCAUCCUGGCCCUGGAGAAAUGGAAAUGUCCCCCAGAAGAGGAGAUCUACGGCAAUUGGACGUUACCACUGAACACGUCUCACGUGUGGCACCCGAGGAUGAGAGAAAUCCAAGGGGCGAUCAUCGUGUCCAGCCUGGUGGAAGUGGUGAUCGGGCUUGUGGGACUGCCAGGAGCACUGCUCAGCUACAUUGGACCUCUCACCGUCACUCCCACCGUCUCCCUGAUAGGACUGUCAGUCUUCCAAGCUGCGGGGGACCGCGCAGGAUCGCAUUGGGGCAUUGCAGCAUUAUCCAUUUUUCUGAUUGUUUUAUUUGCCCAGUACCUGCGAAAUGCGACCUUUCGGCUGCCUGGGUACAAAUGGGGGAAAGGCUGUAUUGUGUUCAGGCUACAGAUCUUCAAAAUGUUCCCGAUCAUCCUGGCUAUCAUGGUGGUGUGGCUGCUGUGCUAUAUUUUAACACUGACGGAUGUUUUCCCACACAAUGCUGAGGCAUAUGGCUAUAAGGCUAGGACGGAUGCCAGGGGGAAAAUCAUGUCAAUUGCACCCUGGUUCCGCCUACCGUAUCCUUGUCAGUGGGGCUUGCCUACCGUGACGGCAGCAGCUGUGUUAGGGAUGUUCAGCGCUACCCUCGCUGGCAUUAUCGAGUCCAUCGGGGAUUACUACGCCUGCGCCAGGCUGGCAGGGGCUCCGGCACCACCCAUCCACGCCAUUAAUAGAGGCAUUUUUACAGAGGGGAUCUCCUGUAUCAUAGCUGGGCUGCUGGGAACGGGCAACGGCUCCACAUCCUCAAGCCCCAACAUUGGCGUCUUGGGCAUCACAAAGGUGGGCAGCAGAAGAGUGGUGCAAUAUGGAGCUGGGAUCAUGCUUGUUUUGGGAACCAUCGGCAAGUUCACUGCUCUGUUUGCCUCUCUCCCUGACCCCAUCCUCGGAGGGAUGUUCUGUACAUUAUUCGGCAUGAUCACAGCUGUUGGCCUUUCCAACCUGCAGUUCGUUGACAUGAACUCCUCCCGCAAUCUUUUCAUUCUGGGAUUCGCAAUGUUUUUUGGGCUGACAUUGCCAAACUACUUGGAUUCACGCCCCAAUGCCAUUAACACAGGUGUUCCUGAAGUGGACCAGAUAUUAACAGUGCUGUUAACAACGGAAAUGUUUGUUGGGGGUGGCAUUGCCUUCAUAUUGGACAACACCAUUCCAGGGACACAGGAGGAGCGUGGGCUGGUUCAGUGGAAGGCCGGAGCACAUGCAGACAGAACCACAGCUGCAAAUUUGAAAAGCUACGAUUUUCCAUUUGGAAUGAGCAUGGUCAAAAGGAUAGAGUGGUUCAAGUAUGUGCCAGUAUGCCCUGUUUUCAAGGGAUUUAAUGCAAGAACAAAAAGGAAUUGUGACACAACGGAAAACAUACAAGAUAACACAGACAACCUGUUCAUAUGUACUAAGGUCUGA